AUGACAAAACGAGACAACCGUGCAUCUGAAAACAUGGUCGCGUUGCCCAGUAUCGCCUUCCUACUGGCGAAGGAACCGCCAGCAUCAGACUUGACUCUACCUCCAAUUGCCCCUAGUCGAAAUUCCGAUCCUGCCCACGAACAGCAACAGCUCGCAACCCCUCCUCUCACCGAGAGGAGCUCCUCAUCCCCACGCUCAAUAGAAAUAGAUGUCUCCACCACUGCCGACGUCGACGGUAGCCUCAACCAUCUCCAGGUAUUGCUCAGCCUGCCAGAACUGCCAGUCGCCGCUGCUAUUGAUGUGGCUCGCGAGCUGCUACACGACUCUUCAAUUAAGCCAGCGUAUGACCAAGGCUGGUUCAAGCCUACCUCUCCAAUGAACGUGUUCAGCAAACGCAUUGAAGGCCACAUCGCCGGCAAAUCCCUGGAUGAUUUGGUCGAUUGCUUCUUCCGCCGGGACGAAAGUCGGGAACUGUACGGCGAGCGCGUGUCAAAACCUCGCAAGCUCGUGAAGAAAGCCUCCCUUGAGGAGCCGCAAGAGACGAAAGUACUCGACUCGGAGUCGUUGGCCAGACGAAAGAAAAGGCAAGAGGCAGACGAAGCACAUCGAAUUGCUGAGAACGACAGGCGAGACCGCCAUCGAAACUCUCAAAUGGAAAGUCAUCGUCGAUGCCCCGACCUGGCGGCAGAAUGUGGCUCAGAGCAUGCCAAGGCUGAGAAGAAAACCAGAUUCCAGUCAGGCAAGGGGCCCGGCAAGGAUGAUCAGCUUUGGGCAGCCAUAUACGCCCAUGAAAUGGCAGGGAGGGUGGUGCAGUCGGUGAAUGACCAGCGCAUACAGUCGGUAAUGGUGGCGCAGUUGCUGCUGAAGCUCGUGAUCCAACAGCAGGAGUUACUAAAUAAUGCUCAACGAGAGCUGAGCCAUUAUAAGUCUGCCAGGGAGUCAUUCCCUACCCACCCGGAUUAUGCUGGGUGGAAAAGGAAGCGGGAUGACAUGGAGUGA